AUGAAGCGUAACAAGCAUCGUUCUAAGGAUGACGGCAAAGGCCAAGAUGAACCAGCCAUUCUGGAGACAGACGGUAUAAGAAUACCCGACCCUGACACAAUCUCACUGGCAUCAGUAACUGCUGUCACAACCAAUGUCUCCAAUAAGAGAUCAAAGCCUGACAUUAAGAUUGAGCCUAGUGCUGGAAGACCAGUGGAUUUCCAAGUUAGUGUCACUGUUAUAGAAGCGAAACAGCUGGUGGGUUUGAAUAUGGAUCCAGUGGUGUGUGUAGAAAUCAGUGAGGAUAAAAAGUACACUUCAAUGAAGGAGUCCACCAACUGCCCCUACUACAAUGAGUACUUCGUUUUCGACUUCCAUGUUCCUCCUGAUGUCAUGUUUGACAAGAUCCUCAAAGUGUCUGUUAUUCAUUCUAAAAAUCUUUUGCGAAGUGGAACUCUGGUUGGGAGCUUCAAGAUUGACAUUGGAACAGUAUAUUCACAACCCGAACACCAGUUCUUCCACAAAUGGGCCAUUUUGUGUGACCCUGAUGACAUCACUGCAGGAUGUAAAGGUUACGUCAAGUGUGACAUUGCAGUUGUUGCAAAGGGCGACACUAUUAAAACUCCACACAAAGCAAACGAGACAGAAGAGGAUGACAUUGAGGGGAAUCUUUUGUUGCCGGAACAUGUCCCAGCUGAACGUCAGUGGGCAAGAUUCUAUGUAAAAAUAUACAGAGCCGAGGGGUUGCCCAAAAUGAACACCAGCAUUAUGGCUAAUGUCAAAAAAGCCUUCAUUGGAGAAAAUAAGGACUUGGUUGAUCCAUAUGUCCAAGUGCUAUUUGCAGGACAGAAGGGAAAAACGUCCAUUCAGAAGAGCAGCUAUGAGCCCAUCUGGAAUGAGCAGGUCGUUUUCACUGAGCAGUUUCCACCUCUGUGCCGGAGAAUGAAGCUGCAGAUCCGAGACUCAGAUAAAGUAAAUGAUGUGGCCAUCGGAACACAUUUCAUUGACCUCCAGAAGAUUGCUAAUGAUGGAGACAAAGGCUUUCUUCCCACUCUGGGGCCAGCUUGGGUCAACAUGUAUGGUUCCACACGGAGCUACACUCUCAUGGACGAGUACCAGGACCUGAAUGAAGGACUUGGGGAAGGGGUGUCGUUCCGUGCUCGACUGUUGAUCAGUCUGGCCAUGGAGAUACUUGACACCUCCUCUCCUGAUAUCAUGAGCUCCACAGAUGUACAGGUGGAGGGGAUACCCAACAUCUCAGAUAAUGCCACUGGAAAGAUUGAGGAAUUCUUUCUAUUUGGAUGUUUUCUUGAGGCCACCAUGAUUGACAGGAAGAUUGGAGACAAACCCAUCAACUUUGAGGUUACAAUAGGAAACUAUGGCAGUGAACUUGACACUCCAACCAAACCAAAAACCAAGAAGAAGAAAGGAGGAGAUGGAGAUGAGGAGUCAGAGCUCAUUCACGGCUCUAGUGAUGAAGAGGAGGAUGUUGAUGGAGAGAUGACAUCAGUGUCCACAACACCUCCAAUGAAACCUGUCAUCACUGACAGAAACUAUUUCCAUCUCCCUUAUUUUGAGAGAAAACCCUGUAUCUCUAUCAAGAGCUGGUGGCAAGAUCAGAGAAGGCGACUUUAUAAUGCCAACAUCAUGGACAACAUUGCAGAUAAAUUGGAAGAAGGAUUAAAUGAUGUUCAGGAGAUCAUUCAAACAGAGAAAGCUUAUCCAGAGCGCAGACUCAGAGGUGUCCUGGAGGAGCUGAGCAAUGGCUGCAGUACCUUUGUAACACUGGCAAACAAUGACCAGAACCCGACUGGGAGGACAAAACUGGAUCGUGAGAGGCUGAAGUCUUGCAUGCAUGAACUGGAAAACAUGGGCCAACAAGCCAAAAUGAUGCGAUCGCAGGUUAAAAAAAGCAACGUGAGAGACAAAAUAAAACUGGCACACAACUUCCUCCAAAAGCUAAGAUUCCUGUCUGAUGAGCCGCAACAUAGCAUUCCAGAUAUUUACAUAUGGAUGAUGAGCAACAACAAGCGCAUCGCAUAUGCUCGCGUUCCCUCCAAAGACAUUCUCUUUUCUUCUGUUGAAGAAGAGACUGGGAAGGAUUGUGGGAAGGUCCAGACAAUCUUUUUCAAGCUUCCUGGUAAGAAGAGUUUUGGGCCAGCCGGCUGGACUGUACAAGCCAAAACUGAGCUGUAUCUGUGGCUCGGCCUGAACAGGCAGCGUAAGGACUAUUUGAGCGGACUUCCGAAUGGGUUUGAGGAGAAUAAAUUGGUCAAAGGGCCCGGAAUUCACUCCUCACCCCCCAUCAGCCUGAUCUACACCAUGAAGCAGAUCUUCCAGUUGAGGGUGCAUAUUUAUCAGGCUCGUAGUCUGUUUGCGGCAGAUAGCACAGGCCUGUCAGACCCUUUCGCCAGAAUUUUCUUUUCUACUCAAAGUCAAGUCACAGAGAUCCUGAAUGAGACUCUGUGUCCAACCUGGGAUCAACUGCUGGUGUUUGAUAAUGUGGAGCUGUAUGGUGAAGCUGGGGAGCUGAGAGAUGAUCCUCCGAUAAUCGUCAUCGAGAUCUACGAUCAAGACACUGUUGGUAAAGCUGAUUUCAUGGGCAGGACAUUUGCUAAACCUUUAACCAAGAUGUCUGAUGAGCAUUAUGGUCCACCACGCUUCCCUCCUCAGUUAGAGUAUUACCAGAUCUACCGCGGUAACUGCACCGCAGGAGAAAUGCUCGCUGCUUUUGAACUGCUGCAGAUUGGACCAGGUGGAAAGGCUGACCUGCCCCCCAUUGAUGGACCAACAGAUAUUGACCGCGGUCCCAUCUUGCCUGUUCCUAUCGGCAUUAGACCUGUCCUGAGUAAAUACAGAAUUGAGGUUCUCUUCUGGGGUCUAAGAGACUUGAAGCGAGUGAAUCUGGCUCAAGUGGAUCGCCCACGUGUGGACAUCGAGUGCGCAGGGAAGGGCGUUCAAUCAGCGCUCAUUCAGAACUACAAGAAAAAUCCCAAUUUCGGUACUCUGGUCAAGUGGUUUGAAGUGGAUUUGCCUGAAAAUGAACUUCUUCACCCUCCUCUGAACAUUCGUGUGGUGGACUGCAGGGCGUUCGGUCGUUAUACUCUGGUUGGCUCUCAUGCCGUCACAUCUCUACGCAAGUUCAUUUACAGACCAGCAGACAAGAGUGUCAAUGACUGGUCUGCUAUAGAAGAGGUUGUGAUCCACACAGAACCAGAGCCAGCUGUAAAGAAGAUGGAGACUGUGGUCAAACUGGACUCAGCAUCUGAUGCUGUGAUUAAAGUUGAUAUGUCAGAUGAUGAGAAAGGUGGUAAAGGGAAAAAGAAGCGUAAGAAGGGUGAGGAAGUGGAGGAAGAGGAGCUGGAUGAGAGUAUGCUGGACUGGUGGUCGAAAUACUUCACCUCCAUUGAGACACUGAAAGAGAUCAUUAAAUCACAAGAAGCAGAAGCCGAAGAGAAGGAAGAGUUUGACUCUGGAGAGGGAGUACAGGGUAGCCAUCAGGGUACCCGCAAAAAGAGAUGCUCUGAACAGGAGAAGAGAGGAAAGGGCAACAAGAAUAAAGGUGUGCCUGGAGAGGGCGUACCAGAGAAGAAGAAGCAUAAAAUGGAUGAGCUGAAGGUGUACAAUAGAGAGAUUGAAUGUGAGUUUGACAGCUUUGAAGACUGGCUUCACACCUUUAACCUGUAUCGAGGGAAGUGUGCGGACGAUGCUGAUGUUGAGCAGAAUGCAGCAGAUGAUGACAGACUUAUUGGCAAAUUCAAGGGCUCCUUGUGUAUCUACAAAGUUCCUGUGUCGGAUGAUGUGUCCAGAGAAAUGGGCUUCGAUUCCAACAUGGGCAUGUUCCAGAAUAUUCCACACAACGAUCCAAUAAACGUCCUUGUCCGAGUCUACAUCAUCAGGGCAACAGAUCUGCACCCUGCAGACAUCAACGGGAAGGCAGAUCCAUACAUCGCCAUUAAACUUGGAAAGUCAGACAUCAAAGACAAAGAGAACUACAUCUCAAAGCAACUCAACCCCUUGUUUGGAAAGUCUUUUGACAUUGAAGCAACACUUCCAAUGGAUUCGACUCUCACUGUAUCCAUCUAUGACUGGGAUUUGGUGGGAACUGAUGACCUGAUCGGGGAAACCAAGAUUGACCUGGAAAACCGUUACUACAGCAAACAUAGGGCGACAUGUGGUAUCAGCUCCAGAUAUGCCAUUCAUGGCUAUAAUGUGUGGAGGGACCCAAUGAAGCCAACACAAAUCCUUGGCAAACUCUGCAAAGAUUACAAAAUGGAUGCACCGCAGUACGGCCCAGGAGGAAGAGUGAAAGUUGCAAACAGAGUUUACACUGGACCCACUGAAAUCGAGGAUGAAAAUGGAUUGAAGAAACAGACGGAUGAGCAUCUUGCUCUUGCUGUACUAAACCACUGGAAAGAUAUCCCAAGGAUAGGCUGCACACUCGUUCCAGAGCACGUGGAGACGAGGCCUCUUCUGAAUCCUGAUAAACCCGGAAUUGAGCAGGGGAGAAUUGAGAUGUGGGUGGACAUGUUUCCGAAGGAUAUGCCGGCACCUGGUCCGGCUCUGGAUAUUUCACCAAGAAAGCCAAAGAAAUUUGAGCUCAGGGUGAUCGUGUGGAAUACAGAUGAAGUCGUUCUGGAGGAUGAUGAUAUCUUUACGGGGGAAAAGUCCAGUGACAUAUUUGUUAGAGGAUGGCUCAAAGGCCAACAGGAGGACAAGCAGGACACAGACGUCCACUAUCACUCACUGACCGGAGAGGGCAACUUCAACUGGCGCUUCAUUUACCCCUUUGACUAUCUACAAGCUGAAGAGAAAAUCGUCAUCUCCAAGAAAGAGUCCAUGUUUUCAUGGGACGAGACUGAGUAUAAAAUUCCUGCCCGACUGAAUAUACAAGUGUGGGAUGCAGAUCAUUUCUCUGCCGAUGACUUCCUGGGCGCAAUUGAACUCGACCUGAAUCGAUUCCCUCGUGGGGCAAAAACAGCGAAGCAGUGCUCCAUUGACAUGGUCCUCAAUGAGCAGGAUAUGCCGAUGGUGAACCUCUUCAAACAGAAGAGAAUUAAAGGAUGGUGGCCAUUUGUGGCACGAGAUGAAAAUGACGAGAUGGAAAUUACAGGGAAAGUAGAAGCAGAGCUGCAGCUGCUGACGGGGGAGGAGGCUGAGAAAAGUCCUGUUGGUGAAGGACGGAAUGAACCAGAACCCCUCGAGAAACCAAACCGCCCUGACACAACCUUCCUGUGGUUCAUCAGUCCGCUCAAAGCAAUCCGCUACUUAAUCUGCAACAACUACAAGUGGCUUAUCAUCAAAAUUGUGGUGGUGCUCUUGAUAUUAGCGAUGCUGGGCUUGUUUUUGUACAGUAUGCCAGGCUACAUGGUGAAAAAACUUCUGGGUGCUUGA